GGGCUAACGUCCUGGGUCUGCACUACUAUGUAGCUCUAUAAAAGCAACCAUAACUUCAUUGAAAGUUAGAUGCGCUUAGGGUUGUUUUGCCAUCUCUACCUUUUGAUUUUGUGACUCUCUCUGGAACAGGAAAAUGUAUGCAGCUGUCACGCUCUUCGUCUUCAUGUGCUUGACUGCCACCACCCAUGCAGAGCACCAUCAGCCUUGCCAUGCACCCAAUAUGACAGGACACAUGUCAGUGAUGUCCCUAAAGGGUGAAAUAAGAGCAAUUGGUGCGUUCACUUACGAUUCGAUGGGCAAGAAACUGCGCUUCAAGUCAAAUGAGAGCUCCUCCAUUAACACGUCACUAGAUUUGGAUCUACUGAUGUUUUUUGAAGAGGGGAUAUUCUAUGAGAUUGACAGCAAAAACCAGAGCUGUGAGAAAAAAUCAUUGCAAUCAACCCUGGAACCGGUAGAUAUUCCCGAUGAUGCCAAGUUCUUAGCUUCAAUGCAUGCUGGGAGUUCAUCCAUCGAAGGGGAGGGACUAAAGGUCAACAUAUGGACAGGAUCGAUGCCAGACAUGAAAGGCCACUACUCCAUGUCUGUAACCAUGGGAUGUUUGCCUGUGAGCACAUUCUACUUCACCGAGUCCACGUCACUCUUAUUCAGCAACAUGGAUGUUGAACUCGAGAUCAAGGACCCCGAUCAGCUCGUGGUGCCCUCCUUUUGUCUUGGACUGCCAUUGGAGGAGACACCUGAAGGGACAGUAAAUAGUUUCUUCAAUGAGUUCAUGUAGAUGUAGCCUCACCAUGCAUCAAAAAAUAAAAUCAAACCCUUAUCCAAGUGUGGCCUGCCAGAACUUAGACUUUUCUCUCCUUUUUCCCGUGUGACCCGAGUUUUUCGUGUAUCACUGCACUGCAUCACACCUGUUUGAUCUUCCACUCCCCCUAUGAAGAUAUGGCUUUGAAGGGAUCAUACUGUAUACAUGUUUUCAUUUAAAGGAAAGAGAAGUGACAUGGUUUAUAGAAUUAGUCAUAAUUACUAACAGUUGAUGGAUUUUCAAGUUGGUACCGCUUACAAAACCUGUAAGAUAUGAUUAAUGGAACAAUAAAAUGUCAAAGCUG